UUGACGUGGACGUACCAACAAGAGCGAGGAUGUCGACAUCAUAUGCAUCUCACUACUUGUUCCUCAAUUUCUCGGCCUCCCAUCCUUCUCUAUAAUUAGUCAUGCAUCUCUCUCAUGAUGGAAAUGGCUACCUAGAAUUGGUCCAUCCUCAUUAAUCGGAAAUAUCAGCAUAUAAUUUCUCUUCUUUUUGUGACCAUAGUUCUUUCUCUUGCUCGCCCUCUUCUUCACACGCACAUACUCUGCUUCCGCCUUCGGAAAGGGCCCUCUCCAGGUUAGCUAGGGUGUGAAGAUUCCUCUGUUCCUCUAUCCUUCUCGUCGAUCUGUGUCUAAUAAACCUGCUAGCUGCUUUCCAUUUUGUUUUGUUUCUUCCAUAGUUUUUCUUGAUCUUGCUGGGUUCGUUGAAAUCACGGAACUAACUAGUGCUCUUUUGGAAGUUAUUGCUUUGCUCGUUGUACCAAUAUGGACUUUAUAUCUUCUUAAUUACCUUGCUACUGCCCUUGCCACGAACAAAUGAAGUUCUUACUUAGCUAGGUGUGCUACGCACCUCAGCAAGUAGGUCAAUAUGGGUUUGUCCAUCCUGAUAUAGCAAUAAUACCAGAGCAUCUGAGUUAGUGUUUGUAAAAAUAACAAGUUCGAUAGGACAUGGAGGCUCGUCCUAGCUGCCAGCAGGAGAUAUAGGACACCAUGGCGAGUCCAAUGACAAGGGAGUUUACACUAGACUUCUUACAACAUAUUACAAAUAAUUUUGCUGAGGACCGCAUAAUUGGCAAGGGUGGGUUCGCAGUAGUUUACAAGGGAGUAUUGGACAAUGGGGAAGAGAUUGCCCUGAAGAAGCUUACUCACAUAGGGCCUGAAGACACGAAAUUUGCAGACGAGUUCAAUAAUAUUAUUAGGGCCCAUCAUCAAAAUAUUGUACAGUAUGUUGGCUACUGCUAUCAUCCAGGUAGAUGGAUUGAGCACAAUGAACAAUAUAUCUUUGUUCAUGAGCCAACAAGAAUUCUCUGCUUUGAAUAUUUGCACCGUGGAGACCUUGAGAGACACCUUUCUGACAAGCAGCCAUGCGGACUUGAUUGGCAGACAUGUUACAAUAUAAUUAAGGGAGUGUGUGCGGGUUUAAAUUAUCUUCAUAGCGUACAUAUUUACCAUCUAGACUUAAAACCAGAAAAUAUAUUGCUGGACAACAAUAUGAUGCCGAAAAUAGGAGAUUUUGGUAUAUCAAGAAUCGUCCCUUCAACAAAAACUAUUACCACCACAAAAGGAACAUUGAGAGGGACAAUGGGAUUCAUGCCACCGGAAUAUAUUGACAAACAGGAAAUCUCAUCAAAAUAUGACAUGUUCAGUUUGGGCGCUAUAAUCAUACAAAUAAUGGCAGGACGCCAGAACUACUGGAAUUGUGGACGUGUUCCUUCUGAAACUUUCAUUGAGCUUGUACGUAAAAUAUGGCGAAAAAAGUUACAUCCAACAAUGUCAUCACACACAUGGCAAGAAGUUAACACAUGCGUCAGAAUAGGAUUAAGAUGUUUGCAGGAUGACCGGCAUAAAAGGCCUACAAUAAGGGAGAUCGUCGACGAGCUUAAGAGCAUUGAUAUUAAAAACAUAUCACCUACUGAUGAGAUCAUCGAUGAACUUAAUCAGAACGAUAGGAUUGCUACUGAAAAAUUCUCACUUGCAGAUGAGGCUACCAACUUACAAAUGAGGGUGGCAUUGGCCUAUAACCAUUACAAGUACUCAGCUUCGAUCGGGGUGCAUGAUAGCAGCAGUCGGCUCAAAUCCCCUGCCGACCUCAUGAAUUAUGAACAAGAGCCUGUCAUGAGGGACCCGGAGCAGGAGUCCCCAGCUAUUGGAGGGCUCGCGGAUCUGACCCAGAUGGAUGGCAACUGUUGCUCGAAUAACCCAAAUCUCAGGGAGAAAGUGUGUGUUCAUACGCAUCGUGUCACCAUGGAUACUAAUGGGCUCACUAGUGGAACCGAUAAGUGUGUCAAUCUUUUUCAAUGGGCUAGAUCUGCUAUUACUUCUGACACUAAGGAGCAAAGGUUUCAAAAUAAUCUAUUUGACUUGCAAAGAGACUUGCAAUGCCUUUGUGACACUCUUCCUGCUAUGUAUAGCCUAAUUAAUCGAGCAGAGUGGAGAAGCCACAACGAUGAUGUGGUCGGGCAGCUUCCAAAACUCAAGGAUGCGGUCUAUGAUGUUGAAGACCUUCUUGAUGAGAUCACAUGGUACAACCAUAAGGUCAUAAUGGAGCGCAAUGAAAGCCAAUUAUCUUUUACAGACUUCUAUAAUAGCUUCAAAGAAGUCAAUGUCGUCCGUGAAAGGCUAAAAACUAAUUCCAAACUCCUAGAGAAAAUGGGGUUGGUUGAAGUGACACUCCGGUUUGACAAAACAACUAGGCCAGAGACUAGCUCUUUCCCCAAUGAAACAGAAAUAUUUGGUCGUGACAUGGUGCUAGAGCAGAUUAUGAGAUUGCUUGGCGUGCCUACACGUAGUAGCAAAUGUUCGAAACGCAAGAGGGAAAUUAAUGCAGAUGAAGCAUCAACAAGCAUAUUAGCGAGUGGCCAAGUUAAUGAAUCAAGAUUACGAGAUCUUCCCGUUUUGCCCAUAGUUGGAAUUGGGGGUGUUGGAAAGACCACUUUGGCCCAACAUAUCAGUAGUCAUCAAAAAGUGAAGUCUCACUUCGACACAAUAAUUUGGAUUUGUGUCUCCGAUGAUUUCGAUGAGAAGAGAUUAACUAAAGAGGCUAUAGAAUCUUGUCCUGGUAAUGAGGCAAGAACAAGCAAUUUGAAUUCUCUUCAGCAUGCUCUUUCUAACCUACUGGACAACAGAAAGUUCUUGAUUGUCCUCGAUGAUUUGUGGGAUGAUGCUCUGAAGGAAAAUGGUCAGUGUUGGAGGAGGUUUUGUGAACCUUUGAAAAAUGCACUACAAGGAAGUAUGAUGUUAGUCACCACCAGAUCUCCAAAAGUUUCUGAUUUAGUGCACACUAUGGAGCCAAUUAUAUUAGAAGGUUUAAAGGAUGAUGUAUUUUGGAAGUUCUUCAAAGUAUGUGUGUUUGGAUCUGAGAGUUCUAAUGAUUUUCCAGAUUUAGAGCUCAUUGGUAGAACGAUACUUCCUAAGUUGAAGGGCUCUCCUUUAGCUGCUAAAACUCUUGGACGCAUGUUACGGGAUGACCUUCGCACAUCACAUUGGAAUAAUAUACUAGAAAGUGAACUGUGGGAGUUGGACCAAGAGACGACUGAAAUUGUGCCAGCUCUUCGGUUGAGCUACAUGUAUUUACCAUUCCACUUGAAGAGAUGCUUUUCAUUCUGCGCUGUGUACCCCAAAGAUAAGGUGUUCGAAAAGGAGAGCUUAGCAGAAAUUUGGGUGGCAGAAGGCUUUGUGAAGCAUCAAGGUGUUAUUCCAGUUCAAGAUAUUGGAUGCCAAUACUUUAAUGACCUAUUAAAUCGGUCCUUCUUUCAAGAAGUUCAAGGCAAAUACUUAAUCCAUGACUUAUUGCAUGAUAUGGCACAAAAAGUUUCAGAGGAUGACUGUUUUAUCGUGAAAAACAAUGAUGACUUCAAAAGAAUUCCUCAGAAUGUUCGCCAUUUGUCAGUACUCUCUAGCACAAACAUCAAGAAUUCAAACUUAUUGAGCCUACGUCACUGCAGAAAGCUCCGUACCCUUCUUUGCAACAAAUCUUUAGCAAAUAAAAAAACUCCAGCUAGUUUGAUGGAUACUUGGUGCAGCGAGCUUCUGCAUAUGCGCGUGAUUGUUUGUGCCUCUGUGAAUGAGUUACCAGAUAGCGUUGGCAAAUUGAAACAUCUUCGGUACAUUGAGGUAGCCAGAGCUUGUUCUGUCACCAAUCUUCCUGCAACGAUCUGUAGGCUCCACAAUUUACAGGUCAUAUGUGUCAAUAAAUGCAGGCUAGAAAGCUUGCCUAGUGACUUUGGUAUGUUGGUCAACCUAUGGAGAUUUGAAUCGCAGGGAUUUAAAUAUGGCCCAAAUAUUAGAAGAUCCCGAAAAGAAGAAUCUUUUUACGGAGUAAAUCUUGAUGCAGCCAGUGCUGAGCAGGGACCAGGAUAUAGGUUCAUAAAGAAUAUAAAGCAACUUCGUGGACAUUUGGAAAUAAGUAAUGUUGGCAAGCUAAGCAAGUACCAUUCAGCAGAAGCCCAACUAAAGAACAAGGAAUAUCUUGACAAGCUGACGCUGCUGUGGGGGGAUCAAUCGCUGGGUGACAGAAAUGACAUAGAAGUCCUUCCGGAUCUACAACCUCCUGCCAGUCUCAAGUCUUUAGUCCUUGAAGAUUACCGAGGUGUUUCUCUUCCAACCUGGUUUCAGCCAGAAAGCCUGCCAGGCUUAACAUCCGUUUCAUUUGUUAGUUGUCAUGGACUCGAGACGAUACCUACAGUUGACAUCAAUAAUGGCAGCAUUGGUUUCUCGUCCUUGACAGAUCUAAUCAUUAAUGGGUGUCCCUGUUUAUCAAGUCUCGAACAACUUCUAGAUCCAACUUAUCUACCAGUCAUAAAGAGAAUUGCAAUAAUGAAGUGCCUGAACCUAAUAUCGCUACCCACUGAAAGAUUAGGGGAAUUUAGUUCCCUUGAAAUAUUCAAGGUGGUGGAAUGUGGAAAAAUAAACUCCCAAAGUUUGGUUGCGCCCUCUCUCAAGAAGCUCGUGCUAGGCAACAAGGAGGCAUCGUCUAAUAAUGAUUGCGGGAAUCUCACAGACAAUAUCCAGUGCUGCUCCCUCACCUACUUUUUCUUGUCAUCCAGCCGUCUCAGGUCCAUCCAACUACAGAUGUGGAAUCUUCCAGCUCUACAGGAAUUGUGCAUUUCAAAUUGUCGAUCUGUUACAUCUAUUGGGCUAUAUGGACAGGUCUCCACUGGGGGAAAUGGCAGCGCUAGGGUAUUAUCAUCCCUUACUUCCCUAAGCAUCAACGACUGUGAUGAACUAUCAACCAUUGAUGAUCUCCUAGAAAAGGAAUAUCUACCUGCCAUUGAGAUAAUUUCUUUUUCUUGUUGUAAGAAAUUGUUCAUAUGGCCUAAAACGUUUGGAGUUUUUUCCUUUCUGAAGAAGUUGAAAUUUUAUGACUGCCAUAGAAUCAAGUGGGAGGGAUUGGAGUUACCAUCGUCCCUCCAAAAUCUUUGGAUAUGUUCAUGUCAGGAUAUGCGUAUGUCUUCAUUUAUUCCCAGCUGUCCAGAAGGCCUUCAGUCCCUUGUUUCACUAAAAUUGUUGUCCUGUCGACAUAUGAGAUCCAUCCCAGGCCACCUUUGGAGCAAAACUCUCUCAUCAGUCCAGAAAUUGGUGAUUUAUAAUUGUUCAGACCUUGAGUCCAUUGGUGGAGCAGAUGACAUUUCAAAAAUACCAAAUGUGCGGAUUGAGGACUGUCGCAAGUUGAAGGGAAUAGAGCAGCCUGUGAAAAGAGGCAACUUUCUGAUAGCCAAGAAGCAACAACAGCCUGUGAAAACCAGCUCGAAGUCCGUCUGGUGUCCAUGAGUGAUUGAUGAAGGGGAUGGUGCUACUGUGGCUAAUACCUCUGAGCCGUUGUAAUCUUCUUUUGAUUGUUGCUUUAAUUUGUGAUGUACUGCUUUUUGUAAAGACUUGAUUGGGAGGGUGGAUUGAUUAAUGCGCCAGGUUUUUUGUCCCAUAGGUUAUACUCGAGCAGAGUAUAACUAGUGGGUUUUCCUGGCGGAUGUCGAAUUCGCGAACCUUUUCUGUGUUUCUGGGUAUUGUUGCCGAGUAUAACCAGUGCUCUGUUGAUUCUGUUAAGAAUUUAAUUAGAAAGUGCAUGAUAUACUGUCGCUUACUAGGCCAGAAGUGCUUUUUUAUGAUU